AUGAAGCUACCAACGUUCCCCAAGAUAUACAAUGUCUACUUUGUCGCCGUGAUUGCGACUGUCGGAGACAUGCUCUUUGGCUUCGACAUUUCUAGCAUGUCAGCGAUCAUUGGAACCAAGCAGUAUAUCGAAUUCUUUGACAAUCCUCAUGGAAUUCGCCAAGGUGCUAUCAACUCUGCUCUCGCCGCAGGGUCGGUUUUCGGCUCCAUCAUAGCUGGUCCCAUCUCCGACUUGAUCGGCCGCAGGGAUUCGAUCGUGUUUGCCUGUCUCUUGUGGUUAGUUGGUACUGCUAUCCAGGCUGGUGUGUCCGGCUUUGACACGCUGAUGGCUGGUCGUGUUUUGAACGGUAUGUGGCGCCGUACCAUGGCCAGUUUCACUGUCCAAGCCUGGCAGCAGCUCUCUGGAGCGAAUGUCAUGACAUACUACGUCGUUUACGUCUUCCAAAUGACAAAGGCUCACACCGUGAUCGCAUUCUCCUACCUCCUUAUCAUCAUCUAUGCCCUGGCCCUGGCGCCCGUUGCCUGGGUCUACGCAGCAGAAGUCUGGUCCUUGGAGACUCGUGCAUCAGGAAUGUCUAUCGCCGCCGUCGGCAACUGGCUGUUCAACUUCUCCCUAGGCCUCUUUGUGCCCCCCGGCUUCGCCAACAUCACAUGGAAACUGUUCAUCGUAUUCGGCGUACUCUGCAUCGGAGCUGCGAUCCAGGUGUUCUUCACCUACCCUGAAACCCGUGGCAAGACCGUCGAAGAAAUGGAGGAGAUGUUCAACAAGAACAGACCGAAGCCAUGGCAUACCAAGCCCGGUCACUCGAAGCUGGACCACCUGAUUGAAGAGGGCUCGUGA